AUGGCCGAUUCGAACAACAACGGUGGUCGCAGGCCGACUUACCCUGCCGGAACGAUCGCUAAAGUGGCCACCGACAUCCUCAACGAAACAUUCCAGAACAUCAUCCAUGACCUUGUCGCCAAAGUUCACCGCGAAGAGAAGGUGGCGCGCAUGCGGUCUGCAGUGGUUCUUGCCCGACAGAAGGCGGAGGAAGACGCAAUUAUGCCGGAGGAGGCCCCCAGUAAAACCUCGACCGAUACAAAGAGAGAAAUCAUACUCGAUACCAAGAAGCUUGCGGGUAUGCGCAUGGAGACGGAUGCAGCCGUUUUCAACCGCGGAAGGGUCUUCCUCAAAGGAAAUCCGAUGAAAACCGUGAAAGAGCACGCUCAUGUACCCGACCACUGGGGCUCGUUCUUGCCCCCUCCUGAUCCUGACGUUGAAUAUUGCACAAAUGUGCCCAUGAUCGACCUUCCCGGCCAUGACGUCCAUGGAAAGCUCUUUGCAGUCACACCAAACCCUAAGAAGAAGAAGGGUGACCGUGACAGUACCAUUCCCGAAAUCCCAACUACCAAGUGCCCUCUUUGUCCACGCUAUUUUGUCAUGACUCGUCUCGCCCAGCACCUUGAACGCUGCGUCUGUGAGGGCGGACCUAGCAGUGGCAAUAGCCCCAGCUCAUCAACACACAAGCGCUCUUACGCAGACGACGACGAAGAAAGUCCCAGCCCCACCAAGAAGAAGAAGCUGAAUGGACCCAAGAAGGGCUCCACCGCAAAGCCUGGGCCAAGUAAGCUCAAGCAAUCAUUUACGGUUGAGGACAACGACGACGACAUCAAGAGCGAGAACGCCGACUAA